GAACCAUAAGUGACUGCCACGUCAUUGACGACUAUCACUAUACACAUAACUACAGUUAGUUACUUCGAAAUUCCUCCAUCAGUGUUCUCAGUGGAGAAGACAGUCUAUGUAAACACACUGUUGAUCUCGUUUUUUAAAUACUUUCCAUUUCUUCUCUCCUAUAUAUUAUUGUAAUUAAUUAAAAAUUAAUUAUGGCACGUGUACUCGUAGGUGUUAAAAGGGUAAUCGAUUACGCCGUCAAGAUUCGUGUCAAGUCAGAUAAAACAGGAGUCGUUACAGAUGGAGUCAAACAUUCAAUGAAUCCUUUCGACGAAAUAGCUGUUGAGGAAGCUAUUAGAAUGAAAGAAAAAAAAUUAGUACAAGAAGUCAUUGCUGUUACAUGUGGUCCUACUCAAGCACAAGACAUUUUGAGAACUGCAUUAGCUAUGGGUGCUGAUCGUGGAAUACACGUUGAAGUAUCGCCAGCAGAAUACGAAACUUUGCAGCCAAUUCAUGUGUCUAAAAUUUUUGCUAAACUUGCUAAAGAUGAGAAAGCUGAUUUGAUUAUUGUUGGAAAGCAAGCAAUCGAUGGUGAUAACAAUCAAACUGCUCAAAUGAUUGCUGGUAAUUUAGAUUGGCCAGCAGGAACAUUUUGUAGUAAGAUCGAACAGGGUAAUGGUGAAUUGACUAUUACUCGAGAAAUCGAUGGGGGAUUGGAAACUCUCAGGCUAAAAACUCCUGCUGUUCUUAGUGCUGAUCUUCGUCUAAAUGAACCACGGUAUGCCACAUUACCAAAUAUUAUGAAAGCUAAAAAAAAACCGAUCAAAAAAGUAAGUCCAAAGGAUCUUGAUGUAAACAUAUCGCCAAGAAUUGAGGUUAUAUCUGUAGAAGAACCACCAGUUAGACAAGCUGGUUCUAUAGUACCUGAUGUUGAUACUUUAAUAGCUAAACUAAAGGAACGUGGACAUGUUUGAUAUCUUCCAAAUAAUGUGUAUUAUAAAAGAUUAUAAAUAUUGUGCCUUCCAUGCAA